UGCCAUCAUCCUCCGCCGCCAUCAUGGCCGCCAUGGCCGCUUCCUCGGCGGUGUCUCCCGCCUCGGGUUCCUCUUCUUCCUCCGGCGGCGGCGGCGGCCCGGCCGGUUCGAGCUCCUCGGGGGCUUCGGGCGGGGGUGGCGGCGGGGCCUCGGGGCUGACGGCGGCGCUGACCGGCACCAUGAACCGCAAGAAGAAGCCCUUCCUGGGCAUGCCGGCCCCACUGGGCUACGUGCCGGGGCUGGGCCGAGGAGCUACUGGCUUUACCACCCGUUCAGAUAUUGGUCCUGCCCGGGAUGCUAAUGACCCUGUGGACGACCGUCAUGCUCCGCCAGGGAAGAGGACCGUUGGGGAUCAGAUGAAGAAAAACCAGACAGCCGAUGACGAUGACGAAGACCUGAAUGACACAAAUUAUGACGAGUUCAAUGGAUACGCUGGAAGCUUGUUCUCCAGUGGACCUUAUGAAAAAGAUGAUGAAGAAGCAGAUGCAAUUUAUGCUGCUUUGGAUAAAAGGAUGGAUGAAAGAAGAAAAGAGAGAAGAGAACAGCGUGAGAAAGAAGAGAUUGAAAAGUACCGAAUGGAACGACCAAAAAUUCAGCAGCAGUUCUCGGAUCUGAAAAGAAAACUGGCUGAAGUUACCGAAGAAGAAUGGCUAAGUAUCCCUGAAGUUGGCGAUGCCAGGAACAAGCGCCAGAGGAAUCCACGUUACGAAAAACUGACGCCUGUUCCGGACAGUUUCUUUGCGAAGCACUUGCAAUCGGGAGAGAAUCACACAUCGGUGGAUCCUCGGCAGACGCAAUUCGGUGGUCUGAAUACCCCUUACCCAGGGGGCUUAAACACCCCUUAUCCAGGGGGAAUGACCCCGGGACUGAUGACCCCUGGCACAGGGGAGCUGGACAUGAGGAAGAUCGGACAAGCUAGAAACACCUUGAUGGAUAUGCGUCUCAGCCAGGUAAUAUUCAGGUCUUCGAUGGAAGGCAGGAUGAGCGAAGACGUAUGGCUGGAGGCUGCGCGUUUGCAGCCCGGCGAUACCGCCAAGGCUGUGGUGGCUCAGGCCGUCCGUCACCUCCCCCAGUCGGUCCGGAUUUACAUCAGAGCCGCCGAGUUGGAGACUGACGUUCGAGCCAAGAAGAGGGUCCUCCGGAAAGCGCUGGAGCACGUGCCAAAUUCAGUCCGCUUAUGGAAAGCAGCUGUUGAAUUAGAAGAACCCGAGGAUGCCAGGAUAAUGUUGAGCCGGGCCGUGGAAUGCUGCCCCACCAGUGUGGAACUGUGGCUUGCCCUGGCUAGGCUCGAAACCUACGAAAAUGCUCGCAAAGUCUUGAACAAAGCCCGUGAAAACAUCCCAACCGACCGGCACAUCUGGAUUACAGCUGCCAAGCUCGAGGAGGCCAACGGGAAUACUCAGAUGGUGGAGAAGAUCAUUGACCGAGCCAUCACCUCCUUGAGGGCGAACGGGGUGGAAAUCAACCGGGAACAGUGGAUCCAGGAUGCCGAAGAAUGCGAUAAAGCUGGAAGCGUGGCCACAUGCCAAGCUAUCAUGAGAGCAGUGAUCGGGAUUGGGAUUGAAGAGGAAGAUCGCAAGCACACCUGGAUGGAAGAUGCUGAUAGUUGUGUGGCACACAAUGCCUUGGAGUGUGCCAGGGCAAUUUAUGCUUACGCCCUGCAAGUUUUCCCCAGCAAGAAAAGCGUCUGGUUACGAGCGGCUUAUUUUGAGAAGAACCACGGAACAAGGGAAUCGUUGGAAGCUCUUUUGCAAAGGGCGGUGGCUCACUGUCCCAAGGCUGAGGUCUUGUGGCUCAUGGGGGCAAAAUCCAAAUGGUUGGCCGGAGACGUCCCUGCGGCCAGGAGCAUUCUGGCCUUGGCUUUCCAGGCCAAUCCAAACAGUGAAGAGAUUUGGCUGGCUGCCGUGAAGUUGGAAUCCGAAAACAACGAAUACGAACGAGCAAGGCGUUUGCUGGCCAAGGCCCGUAGCAGUGCCCCAACGGCUAGAGUCUUCAUGAAAUCCGUCAAACUCGAGUGGGUGCUUGGGAACAUUGCUGCGGCCCAGGAACUCUGCGAGGAAGCCCUGAAGCAUUAUGAAGACUUCCCCAAGCUCUGGAUGAUGAAAGGGCAGAUCGAAGAGCAGGAGGAGCUGAUCGAGAAAGCCCGGGAUGCUUAUAAUCAAGGACUGAAAAAAUGCCCUGGUUCAAUCCCUCUUUGGCUGCUGCUGUCCAGACUGGAGGAGAAGGUCGGUCAGCUCACCCGAGCCAGAGCCAUCCUGGAGAAAUCUCGUCUGAAGAAUCCCAAGAACCAAGAUUUGUGGCUGGAAUCGGUGCGUUUGGAGUACAGAGCUGGACUGAAGAACAUUGCAAACACUUUGAUGGCCAAAGCACUGCAGGAGUGUCCCAAUUCGGGAAUCCUGUGGUCGGAAGCCAUCUUCUUAGAGGCCAGGCCUCAGCGGAAGACCAAGAGCGUGGACGCUCUGAAGAAGUGUGAACACGAUCCUCACGUCCUCCUGGCAGUGGCCAAGUUGUUCUGGAGCGAACGCAAAAUAACCAAGGCUCGGGAAUGGUUCCAUCGGACCGUGAAGAUCGAUUCUGACCUGGGGGACGCUUGGGCGUUCUUUUAUAAAUUUGAGCUCCAGCACGGCACCGAGGAACAGCAGGAAGAGGCGAGGAAGCGCUGUGAAAAUGCCGAGCCCCGGCACGGGGAGCUGUGGUGUGAGGUCUCCAAGGACAUCAGCAACUGGCAGAGCAAGAUUGGCGAGAUCCUGAUGCUGGUGGCCGCCAAGAUCAAGAACACGUUCUAGAAGAAGAGGAGAGCCGUGGCCUUAAGAGGGGGCCUUGGGUCAAAGGGACUCUCCUGGGGUGAUCCCUCUGUGCUCCGAGCAUGGAGAAGCGCGAGAGAGCGCCGGGCAGCAUCUCUUUUGCCACACCCGGGCCGUGCCAUCCUGACAGCUGACCGGUCACGAGGACAAUGAACUGCGUAGGGGAUGUUUUGUAUAGCAGCUUAGCCAUCCUGAAGAGCGGACUUCACAGUCCUAGCUGACAGGCAGAUGUUUCCUCUGCUGUCUGAAGUCUCCAGGUGUUUGUUUUCUCCAAAUUCCUUUGAAAAGCUUCUGGCCGGUGGGCCCUCCUAUGGACGCAUCGGUUUCUAAUAUCCAGCUUGCCUACCUGAAUCCUCCCCCUCCUCCUUCUCUUCCUCCUCCUCCUCCUGCUCCUCCUCCUCCUGCUGCUCCUCCUCCUGCUCCUCCUCCUGCUCCUCCUCUCCUCUUCCUUCUCCUUCC